AUGGAUAAAACUUGGAUGCAAAAGAAUAGACAAAGCAAAGAAUAUUGGGAUGGUUUGCAAAAAUUCUUAGAUUAUGCAUUCCAGAAUUCAAGUAUAAAUGGGAUGAUAUUAUGUCUAUGUAAAGAAUGUAAGUAUGGUGUAUGUAUUACCAAGGAGAAUGUAGAACUUCAUUUGAAAGUUUAUGGUUUUGUUAAAGGAUAUACCCAUUGGGCAGCUCAUGGAGAAUUUGUUUAUUCUAGUGCACCAAAACCUACUUCCCAUGAUAUCUCACAUGGGGUACGGGAUGAACUUGAUGACAUGCAUGGUUUGGUUCAUGAUGCAAUGGGAAUUCCUGAACAAGAUUAUACAAGGAUAGAUGGAAUUGAAUACAAAAGCCAAUUGCCCAAUGUAGAAGCUGAAAAGUUUUACAAUCUAAUUGAUAAUUCUAACAAAGAGCUUUACUCUGGAUGUAAAAGAUUCUCAAAACUUUCCUUUAUGAUUCAGUUGCUUCACCUCAAAUGCCUUGGUAAACUCAGCAACAAAAUUUUUGAUAUGUUACUUGAUUUGUUGAAAGAAGCCUUUCCAGAUGCGAUGGAUGGUUUGCCUAAGUUUUAUUAUGAAGCUGAAAAGUUAAUGAAGGAAUUAGGACUUGGGUACGAUAAAUAUGAUGCAUGUCCGAAUGACUGCACUUUGUAUUGGGGGGUAGAUGCAAGAAGAAAGCAUUGUGAAACAUGUAAAGAAUCUAGAUGGGUUAAAUCUGAAAAUGAUCCGACUGGUGAGGGAAGAAAAAUACCGCAUAAGGUUUUAUGGCAUUUUCCCCUAAAACAUAGGUUACAACGCCUAUUUAUGUCCUCCAAAAUUGCAGGCCAUAUGAGAUGGCAUGCAGAAGGUCGUACUAAGGAUAGUAACAUGAGGCACCCUGUUGAUUCUCCAUCUUGGCAAACAUUUGACUUUCAUCAUCCAGAAUUUUCUCAAGAUUCUCGUAAUGUGAGGUUGGGCCUAGCAUCAGAUGGAUUUAACCUAUUCAAAAAUAUGAGUUCAACUCAUAGCACUUGGCCGGUAAUAUUGAUGCCAUAUAAUUUGCCGCCAUGGAUGUGUAUGAAACAACCGAACUUUAUGUUAUCAUUGUUGAUACCCGGUCCAUUUGCACCAGGAAAUAAUAUUGAUAUAUAUUUAAAACCUCUCAUAGCAGAAUUAAAGGAAUUGUGGGAUGUUGGAGUGAAUACAUAUGAUGCAUCAAGACAAGAAAACUUUCAACUUCGUGCAGCACUUUUAUGGACCAUUAGUGACUUUCCAGGUUAUGCAAUCCUCUUCGGAUGGAGCACUAAAGGAAAACUUGCAUGUCCUGUAUGCCAUAAAUACACAUGUUCACAGCAUCUGCAAAAUUGGGGAAAAUAUUGCUAUAUGGGGCAUCGAAGGUACUUGGAAAUGAACCAUCCAUUUCGCAAAGAUGCUAAAUCUUUCAAUGGAGCUGUAGAGUAUGGAAAACCACCAGGAAGGUUAAUGGGGUCUACAAUUUUAGAUGAGUUAGCUAGUUAUAGUAUUAAACUUGGGAAGACAGUUAGUGACAAUCCAGAAUUGCCAUUUAAUUGGAAAAAAUUAAGCAUUUUCUUUGAUUUGCCCUAUUGGAAAGACAAUAUGAUACGUCAUAAUCUUGACGUUAUGCAUAUUGAGAAGAACAUCUGUGAGAUCAUUGUGGCUACAUUGUUGAAUCUGGAAAAAACCAAAGAUAAUAAAAAGUCACGUCUUGACCUUCGUGAUAUAGGUAUAAGAUCAGAAUUGCAUCCCAUUGAGAAGGGAAAUGGUAGGAGUGUUCUGCCUCCAGCUUGCUUUACAAUGAAAAAGAAGGAAAAGGAGAUAUUUUGCAAAGUUUUGAAAGGGAUAAAAGUUCCAGAUGGCUACGCAGCAAAUAUUUCUAGAUGUGUUAAAGUAAAGCCACCAAAAAUUUCUGAAUUAAAAAGUCAUGAUUACCAUAUUUUGAUGCAACAGCUUCUCCCAAUAGCUCUGUGCAGGACUUUAUCAAAAGCAGUUCGCUCUCCUUUGAUCAAAUUGAGCAGGUAUUUUCGCAAGUUGUGCUUCAAAGUUUUGGAUCUAGCAGAUUUAGUUCAUUUGGGAAAAGAGAUUGGAAUCAUACUUUGUCAAUUAGAAAGGAUUUUUCCACCAUCCUUUUUUAAUGUGAUGGUACAUCUAGCUGUUCAUUUGGUUAGCGAAGCAAAAAUAGGAGGGCCUGCCCAUUAUCGGUGGAUGUAUCCUAUACAAAGGUAUUUAGGAACUUUGAAAUCCUACGUCCGAAAUAGAAGUCGACCAGAAAGCUGCAUUGCUGAAGGGUAUUUAGCUGAGGAAUGUUUGAAUUUUUGUUCCUUAUACCUAGCUGAUUAUGUUGAAACGAAGUUUAAUCGGACAAGUAGAAAUGAUGAUGUGGGCAACACCUCAAGUGAAGGCUUUGAUGUAUUUUCCAGUUCAUGUCGUCCAUUAGGAAAAGGAACUCCAACAAAUUUCAGCAAUGAAAUUUUGAGAAAAGCACAUCAAUAUGUGCUAUUUAACUGCGACCACAUCAAGCCAUAUGUUGACCAACACCAUAAAAUGGUGGAGGAGCAAAAUCCAUGUGCUGGAAAACAUGUCAUUGAGCGUAUUCAUUGUGAGAACUUUGCAGAUUGGUUUUCGGACCAUGUUAAGCAGAUUCAAGUGGCUGAUGGUGUUGACAUCUCCAAAGAUUUGAAACUUUUGGCUAGGGGUCCAAAUAAUAUCGGGAGAACAUAUCAAAAGAUUCUUGUCAAUGGCUUUUGCUUCCAUACAAGACAAUUAGAAUCUCAAAGGAAAACUCAGAAUAGUGGGAUUCUUAUCAAUGCAACAACAUCAAGCUUUUCGAGUACUAAAGAUAAUAAUCCAAUUUUAAGUGACUUGGCUUACUAUGGUAUUUUGACGAAUAUCCUUGAGUUAAAUUACACUGAAGGCCGAAAUGUCACCUUAUUUGAAUGUGAUUGGAUAUCAAAAGGCAAAAGAUUAAAGCAAGAUGAGGAUGGAUUCACAUUGGCCAACUUCAAGAAUGUAAAGCCUCACCCUGAGCCAUUUGUGAUAGCAACCCAAGUUUCACAAGUUUUUUAUGUUGAAGACCCUUUAGCUGAAGGCUGGAGUGUUGUUGUUGCUACAUCUCCUAGGAAUGAGUUUAUGAUGGACCCCGUAUGUGAUAUUGAGAUGUAUUUGCAGAGCACAAUUACCUCAACAACUCAAAUGGACAAUGAGAAUGAAGACAUUCGAUGGGUUCGAGAAGAUGAUGGAGAUGAAAUACUCCACUAGCUUGAAUUGUUGAAAUGUUUGGUUUUUGCUAUUAAAACUGUAAAAGUUGUAACUAUAAACGUGGUUGCAAUUUCACAUGCAUUUUUUU